AUGCGUCUACUAUCAUGUCCAUUAAAUUUUGUGAUUAAACUGCGUACAGUCAUCUUUUAUACAGGGAAUGGUUGUGCACCUAGUACAUGUCAACGACGUUUGAAUAAACAUUAUCUUGCUUGUAAUAAUCAUCGAACAUGUUCAAUAUCAAUCAAAUGUAUUCGCAUGGAUUCGUCAAUAUGCUCGCGGAUCUCGAAGAACAUCGAUUAUUCUCAACAUUUAGUUAUUGAUUAUGAUUGUAUUUUAUACGAACCUCCUCAAUCAACAUUGAUUGCCUCCAAUCGAUUUGAUGUGAAUAAAAUGAAUAACAAAAGCAAAGAAGAUGUAGAUCAAAAUAUCGUUCUCUUUUCGGCAAAAAUUGAUAUUGAUUCGCCACUGGAUCCGUUCAAUGAUUCAUUACCAACAUUAUACGACUUAACUCACGAUGAACGCACAUGGAAAGAGUUUCUUCUUAAACAAUAUCUCAGUGGUAAACGACCGCCGUUAAAUGAACUUGAAAAGCCAGUUAUUAUUCAACAGCAACGUUCAUUAUUCAGUGAUAUACUUCGGACUGUCAUCAUACUUAUAGUAUUUACUUUUAUUCUUAUUAUCUUAAUGCUUGUUGGUCUCUUUCUUUACAAACAUAUUACAAUUUUAAAUAAGAGAAGAUAUUUUUCUCAUCACCAAGAUCAACAACAAAAGCAUGCACCGUUUCCUGGUGAUGAAGCUUAUGAUAAUUUGAAAUCAAGUGCAGCUGGUUCGACUACAGACAGCGGUGCAGUAACUGACGUGUAA